GGCAUAAUAAUCCGGUUGUAGUCUGCGGUCAAAGGCUUCACCAGACCAAGGCAAGACCGCCUCUUGAAAUACUUUUGCCGGCGGUAUUGCAUCUUUUUCAUCAAUCAUCGUCUCUGCUGUCGUUUGUGUCGUCACCUCCUGCUUCUCCUGCUGUGCCACCUGCAUGGGUGAUGUUCGGCGCACGUCUUGUGAGUGCGCGGCCGUAUUGCGGAGUGCUGUGCGCCGUGGAGAGGCAGAGAGAAGCAGUUCCCCAGCGUGGAUGGGGGUCUGAACACCUGUGCCUGAGUCGUAUUCAGCCGGUGCGGGUGAGUUGGAGGUGGAACGCGGUGUGGAUGUGCGUCUUUGUUGCUGGGACAUGGAUGCUACGGCGGCCUGCUGCCCUUCACAAUGACCCGUCACUGCUUGUACCCUGCUCUCUGCAAUAGCAGGCUCUUUCCCGGAUGCCUUCCUGUGUCGUGGUCGUUGCGCUUUCUUCUGCGCAAACUUGACUCAGGGGAAAUUAUU